CCCUCGCGACCAAAGAAAGGACGAACCAACACACCCUGGACGCCAGCGGAAGAGCAGAGGUUGAAGGUGAUGAGAGAUGCCGGUAACAGUUGGAGCGAGAUCGCAAAGACGUUUCCCACGCGGACCGAGGGCAGCGUCAAGAAGCACUGGUACAAGGACAUGCACUACGCAGAGUUUGCGGAAGACGAGAGCGCGGCACUACUCGCUGCCAUCAAGGAAUACGAACAAAGCAAAUGGAAGGUUAUUGGACAGAAAGUCGGCAAACCCGCCAAGGCUUGCGAACAAUAUGCCAAAGAGCAUUUCGGCACCAAAGGCUAA